UUUAGCUUUGGGCAUUGCUGAUCCCCGCGUGACACUUGUGCAGACUCGACGUCAGCCUUAUCGCUGUGUUCCAGUGCUUUGGUGGGGGUCCAGCAGCCGGGUGGACCUGGGCAGAGCAGCCCGAGCGCUCUGCGGCUGGACAGCGCCGCCCGCAGAUCCAGGCUGGUGACCAGGAGUCUUCCCAGGAGGGACCACAGGGCCUUUCCCACCGGGCCGAUGAGGGAGCUGGUGAGCAGACUGCUGCAUCUGCACUUCAGGGAUUGCAAGACUAAAGUCAGUGGGGAUGCACUGCAGCUCAUGGCGGAGCUCCUGAGGAUCUUCGUAAUAGAAGCUGCUGUCCGUGGGGUGUGGCAGGCCCAGUCAGAGGACCUAGAUGUUGUCAACGUGGAUCAGCUGGAGAAGGUGCUUCCUCAGCUGCUGCUGGACUUCUAGAGAUCGCACCUGUGUCCUGCCAAGUCUCGGAUGAAUUCACAUCAGCACUGACAUCCAGAACCAAGUUCUCCAGCUUCCAGAGGAUGGGAAGAUCCCGGCAGCUGUUACCCUCCCUAGCUAUUGCCUCUGGGGUCCUUGUGAGACAGGUGCAGGGAAAGGUGGACCAGCCUGCCCACAGCCACAGCCACCCCCCCCCCAGCCCUUCACUGUAAACAAACCAGCCGCUGGCAGUGCCGCCUUCUUGCCACCUACAUCAAAGCUUCUGUGCAGCUUUGUAACCACCUGACCCCCACCCCCAGGAUGCCUCCCUGAGCUGUAAAUUUGUUCUUACAAAGCAACAUCAAUAAAUCAACACCAUCUCUCUGA